AAAAGGUUCGUUCGAACGAAUGAUUUGUGAGUACAAUAUCGAUGUUGUCGUCAAGUCGAGGAGAAUCAAGGUUCAAAUAACGCUCAACACUGCCUUCAAAUAAGCCUAUCGCCGGCCCUGGGACACAUAUCGUGUAUGCACGUCGUAGCGUGACGUAGCGGCGAAGCGGAGAAGGCUGGUUAGCCGGUAGGACGAAGGCGUCUCGCAACUGGUGCGUAACGAACGGAGAACCGAGGCGAGUCUGCGAUCGUUACCACCCGGCUUCCGGUCUCUUCCUAUCCUGUCGUUUCUCUCGUAUCAACACUGAUAACGUGACUAUCGACCGGAAGUAUCCGCAGUAUCAAGUUGAUCAGGUGUUUCGUUUUGCAACAGUGAGAGAGAGAGAAAGAGAGAAAAUGGGUUUCAAUCCCAUGAAAUGGAAAACGAGAACCGUCGUAUACGGUGUCCUAGGAACUUUGCUGUUCUACAUACUAUUCGUUUACAAGAAGAAGUAUCAAGUGAUACAUGAGAUUGUCGUAAAUAACUCAAAUCCUAAGCACGUGUGGGAAUUUGUGGCAGACUUUAGUAACAUGAAAAAAUUGAACCCUACGAUAGAAGACUUUAGCGUGAUCGCGGAAAGCGGUAAUUACGAUCAUUGGAAGUAUACCGUGCGAUACACGGAACACUUGAGCCAUCUGCCGAUAAUUCGUAACGUAGCAUACGGCCAAUACGCCGUAAGACCGGACAACGACGGCUACGUUAUCAGUUCCAAGCAUCGGACUUGCUUUUUCCUUGAUCUCGGAUGCUUGGAGUCAGUUUCGAAAUUCAGAUUCGAUGUGGAUGGUGAGAAAGAUACGAAAUGUAUCGAGACCGUGCAGUACGAAUGCCCGAUCGCGUUGUCAUUUCUAUGCUACAUGGAAGUCAUGUAUCAGCGAAAAGAAAUCAUGAAGAGACUCAAGUGGGAAUUCGCAAUGACCGAUAUCAAAGUGAAUUAACAAAGGCAUUAGAAUAUCAUGUCGAACAAAAUAUUUUUCAUAUACUUACAGCAGUAUUUUCUCAAUAAAAAGAUAGGCACGGAGCCGAAACGAA